AUGACCAGACCCGAUGGACCUGGCAGGGUCGACAACGUAGAUGGAACUGAUGAGCCCACACCCAUUGACGGCGAUGACGGCUGCGAGAACAUCGAUGAUCUAACCGACCUAGAGGCAGAGAAGGAGCGCGAUGAAGAGCAAAAGAGGAAAGCGGAGGAGGAGGAUAAGAAGAAGGAGGAGGAGAAGAAGGACGAAGAGAAGAACGAUUCGUUCCUCUUCGGCCAAACCAAAGAAGUUCCUCUAUUCUUUCCAUGGCGGCAAGAAAGUUGCCGCGUCAGCAAGGAUAGCGCGCCCAAGUUCAAGAAGUGGGUAGAGAAUUUAGAGAGCAAUGAGCCGCUGGUUGUGCGGCGGGGGAGGACAUGA